CUGCAUACAUGCCUGAGGCCCAACACACCCUAUUUCAUAGACUGCGGUCAGAUAAUCGUGAUGUCACUGCUUCUGGAUUUGGCUGAAGAAGAUGGCGGCCUCCUCAGGAGUUAAAGUUCCACGUAAUUUUCGCUUGUUGGAAGAGCUUGAAGAGGGUCAGAAAGGUGUUGGAGAUGGGACAGUCAGCUGGGGCCUUGAAGACGAUGAAGAUAUAAUGCUAACACGGUGGACGGGCAUGAUCAUCGGACCGGCACGAGUAAGUGUGACUGCAGCAGGAACUAAUUAUGAGAACAGGAUAUACAGUCUGAAAGUGGAAUGUGGUCCAAAAUAUCCUGAAUCACCACCGGUCGUUAGAUUUGUAACAAAAAUUUGCAUGAAUGGGAUAAAUAAUUCCAAUGGGAUGGUGGAUACCCGAAGCAUACCAAUUCUAUCUAAAUGGCAAAAUUCUUAUAGCAUUAAAGUUGUUCUUCAAGAGUUAAGGCGUCUAAUGAUGUCCAAGGAGAAUAUGAAGCUCCCACAACCACCAGAAGGACAAACCUACAGCAAUUAAUUGUUCACGGAUUGUUUACUUUUGACCCCUAUUGUCUUAAACCUUAUUCUCUUAGAAAAAUAUUCCCUCCACCAUUCCAAGAAUUUAGACUGAGAGCCAUGUUGGAUAUUCCUCAAAUUGGACAUUCCUUCUAGUUAGCUCAUUCUAGAAUGUCCCCACUGAGAGUGAAAUUAUGUUUUUAAGAACACAGUUAUUCCUCUUCUAUUGACCUUAGUGUGACCAUUCACUUUCUGAUCAAGAGAUGUAUCAAGUUGGCUUCCCAAGAGAAGCAUAGCACCAAGUGGAGACCCAAGUCAGAACAAUUUAUCUUUCGAAUGGCAGGUCACUGAAAUAAAGAAUUGAGGUGUGUGUAUGAUGGCAUGUUCCAACUAAGAAAUAGACAAAAAUACACCAGUUGUAAUUUGUAGGUACAUUGAAUUAUUAUGAAGAUUAAAAUGUGGCUGUAGGCCAGAAGUAGUGUCACCGGGUGUGAAGGAUUUGUUUUAUAUUUUUUAUUUGACACAACGUUUCUGUUCUGCUGCUUUUUGACUUGUAACAGACCUUAGCCUGUUUGGUUCCGAAAAAAUACCCCUUGCAUUUAACUUUUAGUGAAAAUGACAAGUGUAUGUAUGACAUUGUGAUUUUUCUGACAUUAAAAUCAAUAUCUGAAAAAUA